AUGGUAAGCAAAAUCAGAUUCCUAGUGAUUGCAUUUGCUAUGAUAGCAGUUGUUGGAGCGGCUAGUUUGCCGGCCGACUAUCUGCCACCAGUUGUGGAUAACAGUUUGCCUGUACAGGAAUAUUUAGCACCAGCCAAAGAAGCAGCUGAAGACCAAACAGUAGUGGGUGAUGAUGGAUAUCGUUAUAAGGCUGUAUAUCGGCUCAAACUUCGCCAUCGCCGUGAUGUAAACGAACUUCCUCAAAAUGAAUAUCUACCACCCGCUGAAGAGGCUAAAGAAAGUGUGGCUAUUGAAACCGCGGAGCCCAGUGAUGAAGUUAAAACUGACUUAGCUGAUGAUGGUUAUCGUUACAAAGUUGUUCGUCGCUUGAAAUACCGUAAGCGUCGUGAUGUUGAUGAGCUCCCACAGAACGAAUAUCUCCCACCUACCGAAGUGGCUCAAGAAGCGGAAGUUGCAGAAGCUGCUGAAUCCGUUGUCACAGAAGCUGCUGAACCCGCUGCUGAGGAACAAACCGAAUUAGCUGAUGAUGGUUAUCGUUACAAAGUUGUUCGUCGCUUGAAAUACCGUAAGCGCCGUGAUGUUGAUGAACUCCCACAGAACGAAUAUCUUCCACCUGUCGAGGAAGCUCAAGAAACCGCGGUCGCAGUAGCUGAUGAACCCGCUGCUGAGGAGCAAACUGAGUUGGCUGAUGAUGGUUACCGUUACAAAAUUGUUCGUCGCCUGAAAUACCGUAAGCGCCGUGACGUUAAUGAACUCCCACAAAACGAAUAUCUCCCACCUACCGAAGAGGCUCAAGAAGUGGAAGUUACAGAAGCUGCUGAAACCGCUGUUGAAUCCGCUACCGAGGAACAAACCGAAUUAGCUGAUGAUGGUUAUCGUUACAAAGUUGUUCGUCGCUUGAAAUACCGUAAGCGCCGUGAUGUUGAUGAACUCCCACAGAACGAAUAUCUUCCACCUGUCGAGGAAGCUCAAGAAACCGCGGUCGCAGUAGCUGAUGAACCCGCUGCUGAGGAGCAAACUGAGUUGGCUGAUGAUGGUUACCGUUACAAAAUUGUUCGUCGCCUGAAAUACCGUAAGCGCCGUGACGUUAAUGAACUCCCACAAAACGAAUAUCUCCCACCUACCGAAGAGGCUCAAGAAGUGGAAGUUACAGAAGCUGCUGAAACCGCUGUUGAAUCCGCUACCGAGGAACAAACCGAAUUAGCUGAUGAUGGUUAUCGUUACAAAGUUGUUCGUCGCUUGAAAUACCGUAAGCGCCGUGAUGUUGAUGAACUCCCACAGAACGAAUAUCUUCCACCUGUCGAGGAAGCUCAAGAAACCGCGGUCGCAGUAGCUGAUGAACCCGCUGCUGAGGAGCAAACUGAGUUGGCUGAUGAUGGUUACCGUUACAAAGUUGUUCGUCGCCUGAAAUACCGUAAGCGCCGUGACGUUAAUGAACUCCCACAAAACGAAUAUCUCCCACCUGUCGAGCAAGCCCAAGAAACCGCUAUCAUAGAAGCUGCUGAACCCGCUGCUGAGGAGCAAACUGAGUUGGCUGAUGAUGGUUACCGUUACAAAGUUGUUCGUCGCUUGAAAUACCGUAAGCGUCGCGACGUUAAUGAACUCCCACAGAACGAAUAUCUCCCACCUACCGAGGAAGCUCAAGAAGCGGAAGUUGCAGAAGCCGCUGAAGCCGCUACCGAAUCUGCUGCCGAAGAACAGACCGAAUUAGCUGAUGAUGGUUACCGUUACAAAGUGGUUCGUCGCUUGAAGUACCGUAAGCGUCGUGAUGUUAAUGAACUCCCACAGAACGAAUAUCUCCCACCUACCGAGGAAGCUCAAGAAGCGGAAGUUGCAGAAGCUGCUGAAACCGCUACCGAAUCUGCUGCCGAAGAACAGACCAAAUUAGCUGAUGAUGGUUACCGUUACAAAGUGGUUCGUCGCUUGAAGUACCGUAAGCGUCGUGAUGUUAAUGAACUCCCACAGAACGAAUAUCUCCCACCUACCGAGGAAGCUCAAGAAGCGGAAGUUGCAGAAGCUGCUGAAGCCGCUACCGAAUCUGCUGCCGAGGAACAGACCGAAUUAGCUGAUGAUGGUUACCGUUACAAAGUUGUUCGUCGCUUGAAGUACCGUAAGCGUCGUGAUGUUAAUGAACUCCCACAGAACGAAUAUGUCCCACCUACCGAGGAAGCUCAAGAAGCGGAAGUUGCAGAAGCUGCUGAAACCGCUACCGAAUCUGCUGCCGAGGAACAGACCGAAUUAGCUGAUGAUGGUUAUCGUUACAAAGUGGUUCGUCGCUUGAAGUACCGUAAGCGUCGUGAUGUUAAUGAACUCCCACAGAACGAAUAUCUCCCACCUACCGAGGAAGCUCAAGAAGCGGAGGUUGCAGAAGCUGCUGAAACCGCUACCGAAUCUGCUGCCGAGGAACAGACCGAAUUAGCUGAUGAUGGUUACCGUUACAAAGUUGUUCGUCGCUUGAAGUACCGUAAGCGUCGUGAUGUUGAUGAACUCCCACAAAACGAGUAUCUCCCACCUAACGAAGAAGCUCAAGAAGCGGAAGUUGCAGAAGCUGCUGAAACCGCUACUGAAUCUGCUGCCGAAGAACAGACCGAAUUAGCUGAUGAUGGUUAUCGCUACAAAGUUGUUCGUCGCUUGAAAUACCGUAAGCGCCGUGAUGUUGAUGAACUCCCACAGAACGAAUAUCUCCCACCUAGUGAGGCAAUUCAAGAAACAGGUAUUGCUGAAGUCACAGAGACCGUGCCAGAAGAUGCUUCCAUUUUGGCUAGUGACGGUUACCGCUACAAAACAGUGCGUCGAUUAAAAUAUCGUCAGCGACGUGAUGUGAGUGAACUGCCCGGUAAUGAGUAUUUACCACCAACGGAGGAAGGUCAAGCGGUUGCGGAGCAACAACCUGAAGAGGAAACGGCCGUGCUCGCUGACGAUGGCUAUCGAUACAAAUCCGUAUAUCGCCGUCAUUAG